CAGAUGUCCGGGGCCAUUGUGGUUAUGAUGAGCGAUCCAGUGGCCGGACCAUGGGAGUGAUGAGGCGGCUUGGAGCCACGGAGCUCCUGCUGCUGCUCCAGUGGCUGCUCGCUCGCUCUGCUCUACUGGCGGCCGCCUGUGGUGUUGAGGUGGAGGUUCACGCGGAGAGGAGAGGGGUCAUCUACAGCCCGUCCUGGCCCCAGAACUACCCCCCAGGGGUCAACUGCUCCUGGAGCAUCCAGGCCGGCCAGGGGGAGGUCAUCACGAUCAGUUUCCGUAGCUUGGACCUGGACGACCCCGGGGGGUGUAGGGGAGACUGGCUCCUCCUCAGCCCCUCCGGUAGAGGGGAGUCCAGGGUGUGUGGCUCGUCCCUGCCCCCGCCCUUUAUCUCCAGCAGGGGGCGCCUGGGGCUCUACUUCCACUCCCAGGCCAACGGUUCGGGGCAGGCGCAGGGCUUCCGGCUGUCGUACACCAGGGGACGCCCGGGCCAGACCCGCUGCCAGCCCGACGAGUUCCUGUGCGGCAACAGGAAGUGCCUGCCGCGCGCGUGGCGCUGCAACGCCCAGGACGAGUGCGGCGACGGCAGCGACGAGGUGGGCUGCCCCACGCCGGCCGCCGCCGCCGACCCCCCGGGCCUGUGCCCCCGGCGCACGCUGCCCUGCGUCCACGGCCAGUCCACGCGCUGCCUGCCGGGGGAGCUGCGCUGCGACGGCGCCCGCGACUGCCCCGACGGCUCGGACGAGCGCGGCUGCCCCGACACGGCGUGCGGGAGGCACCUGCGCAACUUCUACGGCUCCUUCGCCUCGCCCGACUUCUUCCUCCGGGCCAAUCGCAGCCCGGCGGCGGCGGCGGCGGGGGCGGAGCUGCGCUGCGCGUGGUUCCUGGACACGCAGGACCCCAAGCCCAUCGUGCUGCAGCUGGAGCUGCAGCUGGGGCCGGCGGACUCGCUCAGCGUGUAUGACGGGCUGCUGCAGCAGGCGGAGCAGCUGCUGCAGGUGCUGUCCCACCACAACAACCGCCGCACCGCCCUGCUGGAGUCCAGCCGCGGCCAGAUGAGCCUGCUGUACCGCGCCCAGGCCCACAGUCCCGGGAGGGGCUUCAACGCCACCUACCAGGUCAAAGGUUACUGCUUCCCGGGGGAGCGCCCGUGCGGCGGCGACCAGGGCUGCUACGCCGCCAGCCGCCGCUGCGACGGCUUCUGGAACUGUCCAUCGGGCCGCGACGAGGAGGGCUGCCCCGGCUGCGCCGAGCCGGGCCACUACCCCUGCGGCCCCGCCCCCGCCCCCGGCCACGCCCCCUCCGUCCCCUGCUACCCGCCCCACGAGCGCUGCAACAACCUCAAGAGCUGCCCCGGCGGCGACGACGAGAGCAGCUGCUACGAGUGCCAGCCUGGGAACUUCCACUGCCAGAGCAACCUGUGCAUCCCCGAGACGUGGCGCUGCGACGGGCAGCAGGACUGCCUGGACGCCAGCGACGAGGCGGGCUGCCAGGCCGCCGUGCCGCGCAAGGUGAUCACGGCGGCCCUCAUCGGCAGCCUGGUGUGCAGCCUGCUGCUGGUCAUCGCCCUGGGGUGCGCCUUCAAGCUCUACUCCCUGCGCAGCUCAGACAGCAGAGCCUUUGAGACCCAGAUGACCCGUCUGGAGGCGGAGUUUGUCCAGAGAGAAGCCCCGCCCUCUUACGGACAGCUGAUCGCUCAGGGUCUCAUCCCCCCAGUGGAGGACUUCCCCCUUUAUAACCCAGCCCAGACCUCGGUGCUCCAGAACCUCCGCUCGGCGAUGUGCCGGCGGAUCCGCCGGAGCUCCUCCCGCCGCCGCGUCGCUCGCCUGUGGCGCCGCGUCUCCCAGAGGAUCCGCCCCCGUGGCCACGCCUCCCUGCUGACCCCGCCCACCGGGGCCCUGGCCCUACACUGCUACCGCACGGUGGAGACCCGGGGCCACGCCCCCCCCUCGUCCGGCUCCUCCCCCCUCUCCCCCGACAGGUCCUCGGACCGCCAGGAGGGGGCGGCGUUGUCCCCCGGCUCGGCGGAGAGCUGGCCCGCCGGGGGGGGCGGCUCCCGGCCCAGCCCGGACGGCAGCGACUCCUCGGACCCCGAGGCCCCCCCCGCCGCCCCCCUCCCCUCCUGCAGAGUCCCCCGGAGGGCGUCCAGGAGGAAGAUGGUCCUGGGGCUGACGGUCAGCCUGAGGGGCGUGGCCCUGCAGCGCUACUCCCCCCUGGGUCACAUGUCCCCCAGCCUGCCCCCCGCCUCCAUGAGGGACCCCCCGCUGGAGGAGGGGUUUGGGGCGGCGCGGCGCUAGGCCAGGCGCCGCCCAGUGAUCCAGGUGGGCGGAGCCAUCCCCGUGCUGCUGAACUGCACCUCCACCUGCGCUCCGGGCAAGGUUCCAGCCAGGCCAGAGGGGAUUGUGGGUAACGGCCGUCGUUGGAUUCGUCGCUGGGUUGUGAACUCCUGUAUGGUACAAUGUCUACACGAGCCGCUCUGAUCUACAGAGAACUCUUCCCUCACGGUCCUUAGUUAUUUUGAGUGUUUCUUGAAGAAGUGAUGACAUCGAAGGAUGGAGAUGAACAGUUAGGAGGGGCCUGUUGUGAACAACUCGUUUUAUCUGGUAACGGUUAGACUCUACUGCGUAUUAGCUGCAAUGUUUUGGAAUGAUCUCGUAAGGGUCGUUUCUGUACUCGGAUCUCGUGCGUCUGGGUUUGAAUCCUCAGGUUGUGCAGACAUCUAAGGACCGGGCUCGGGUUUAGCCUCACAAAGAUUCAGUUUGAAUACGUUCCGGGUGUGUAAACACAGCGGAAAACAUCAGGAGACGAUGUAAACAUCAGGAGACGAUGUCGUGACCAAGAGCCUCUGGCUUCAGAUCCACUGAACAACGGCUGGACCUCAGAGACUGAAGACUGUGCUCAUAUGCCUCAAUACUGCUGCCCCUCUCUCCUGCGUCGUGGUCCAACACUGUCCUAGACCCUGCUGGGUCUGGAGGCCUGCUGACUGUGGACAGGUGUGUCCAAUGGACACAUCACUCACACACACACACACACACAGGCUGACACGCAGACGUGUGUGUGCGUGUGCGUGUCAGUAAGGUUUUCCAUGGCCUUAUUCUAGAUGAGCGUUUCUUAAACUACGGGGUCAGGACCCAGAUUGACUCUAAGGAGUCUGAGGUGGCUUCCAGCUGAACAAUGCGCAGAACAUCGGGACUAACGGACAUUCAAAUGUAUUUUGGGUCCCUGGGUGAAUGCGUUUAAGACCUUGUUUAAGACUCUUCCUGUGUUUUAACAUGCAAGUCUGUUGGUUUAAUGGUGGACACGUUUUUGGAAAAAAUGUUUUCUUUCUAAAGUGUAAUUUUCAUAAAUCCUUCCAUGUC